AUGUUAGUGAGGGCUGUGGAGCUGUGUAUGUCAGAGAGAAAGGAGAACUGCGGCGAGAAUCCCAUUACUGAGAAAGGUCUUGGAUAUCUAACAUGCUUUAAAACGCUACAGAAACUGGACAUAUCUGGGACAAAUGUGACGGUGAAUGUGUCUUUGAAAGGAUUCUUCAGAAAGAAUAUGAGAAUGUUCUUAUCAGAAACACCUUUGAAGGAAUUUGAACACUCUGAUUGUAAAACAGAUGGCUGGGCUGAACAGGUAAUAAACCAAUGGGAAAUUACAGCUUCUGAAGUACCAAAGAAAGACUACAAACCAAGAACAAAUGCUCUCCGUUUCUAUGGAAGAGAAAAGUUUGUCCGAGAGACAUUAAACUCCUGCUCUGGGACGAGUGACACCACAAAGAAAGACAAAGUUGUGCCGAUUCACUUUUAUAAGGUUGAUCUCUGUGGCACGAGUUCAACAGCAGAACACGACACACUUUCAUCAACAGUGGCAGCUGUUCAGAAGGGCAAGAAGAGAAGACUAUCAACAGAGGAAGACCAAAGUUCAGCUCCUCUGUCAAAGCGCCAGUCUCUGUCAGCUCUGUCUGCAGAGGACUUGGAUCUAUUAAAUAGUUAUUGAGUGGACACAGACAUGUGACAUCUUUGCAGCGCAUUCCUCUGUGACGAACAUGACACUGAAAUGCUUUUAGUUUUGAUUCUUCACAAUUAAAAACAGCUUAUUUUU